CUUUAGGAUACUGGGGAUGAAAACAAGAACCACCUCUUGGCUCCUGAUGGCCUUUUCUGUAUACUGACACAAGUUACGAUGGCGUCCGAAGUUGAAAAGAUCCAUGCUUUACCACAGUGCUGCAGCACAGAAUCUCUCAUUUCCAGCCUGGGCCUGGGCAUCUUUUGCCUAGUGGCUGACAGACUUCUUCAGUUUUCUGUAAUUCAGCAACAUGACUGGCUUCGUGCCCUGUCGGAUAACACAGUGCAUGGCGUGAUUGGCAUGUGGUCAUGGGCAGUCGCCAUUGGCAUCAAGAAGAAGACCGACUUUGGGGAAGUUCUUUUAGCUGGAUUUUUAGCCUCUGUAAUUGAUAUCGACCAUUUUUUCCUAGCCAGAUCCCUAUCUUUAAAGGCUGCUCUGACUCUUCCGAGAAGGCCUUUCCUCCACUGUUCCACGGUGGUACCCAUCACAGUUCUGUGCGUGAAGCUCAUGACACACCUGCUCAAGCUCAGGGACUCCUGGAGCUUUCUUCCGUGGAUGUUAUUUAUUUCCUGGACCUCACACCACAUUCGAGAUGGGAUUCGCCAUGGCCUGUGGAUAUGCCCAUUUGGGAAAACGCCACCUUUGCCCCACUGGCUUUACGUAAUAAGCACAUUAUUCUUACCACACGUGUGUUCACUCCUUAUGUACUUAACAGGGACCCGACAAAUGAUGUCUCCAAAAUAUGGAAUGCGUAUUGAUGUCUGAGAUGACUAUAUAUAU